AUGCAAUCAAUCCACUGCCUUCUUCUUUCGCUCCUGCCUACAGCUCUCGCUGUUCUCAAUGGCCACUGCUCCGGCACCGCAACGGGCGUAUACAAGACACAAGGCAUCUGCGUCAAGACGUCAACUUGCUCGUCGUAUGGCGGGUCGACCAUCAACGGCGGAUGUCCCAACGACCCGGCCGACGUCAAAUGCUGCGUGAUGUACGAGUGUUACGGCGACGAGUCGAUGUGCCAAUGGACAAACACUUUCUGCGAUGGGCCGUUUCGAUCAGGAUACUGCCCGGGAGGAAGCAACUAUAAAUGCUGUGAUUUUCCCUAA